CAGACUAAGAGUAGUAGAUAAACCUGAACCGUGAGGCAGAAAGGCGGCGCCUUUUCGUUUUUUCCUCAUCGGCGUUUGAGCGGAAGCGGUGCGGCCUGGUGACCUUUAAAACGGCACCGUUUGGGAACACAGGCAUUUCUAUCUCAUCUUCCUAACAUUGAGAGCAAAUGGCUUUUGCUUCUGCGCUUAACACUCCCAAGGGCCUUCACUGUUUAACGUUGCCGUCUUCCCGCAACGAACGGCCACCCACUAAUCUGAUACUGCCACGUCAAUUUCCGGCUCGGUUCUCGUCGACACUGGCCUUGGCCCGCCGUCGAAACCAACGCACUGAAUUGGCGUCGUCUAAGCCGAAGAUAAAUAAGAAAAUCUUGGCGAAAAAGGAAGUGAAGGACGAGGAGGAGGAGGAUGUGGAUGAGGAUGCUAUAGAUGCACUGUUUAGGCUGCUGGAGGAAGACCUUAAAAACGACGACGAAUCGUUAGACGACGAAGAUUUAACAGAAGAAGAGCUUGCUAAGCUCGAACAAGAAGUAGCAGAGGCACUGGGGAUUGUUGAUGAUGAGGAGGACGAGGAUGAGGACGAGGAAGAUGAUGAUGAUGAUGACGAGGACGACAAGGAUGAUGAUGAUGACGUUGUUAUUGAGAUCGAUGCUCAAGAAGAAGAAGUAGAUGAUGAUGACGAUGAUGAAGAGGAGGAGGAGGAGGAGGAAGAGGAAAGCCCUGUGAAGCUUAAGACUUGGCAGCUUCGGAGAUUGGCUGCUGCUUUAAAAGUUGGUCGCCGCAAAACCAGCAUAAAAAUUCUUGCAGCUGAGCUUUGUCUCGACAGGCCAGUUGUUCUCGAAUUGCUUCGCAACCCCCCUCCAAGUCUUUUGAUGAUGUGUGCUGCUUUACCUGAUGAACCAGCUCCAACAAUAUCUGUGUCCCAAACGAUGCCUGUAGAAACUGUUGUGGAAACAACUGUAGAAACUGUGGUGGAAACAACUACAGAGUCUUCGGAGGUUGAAACUACAGUGAACAAACCUAUUCAUGUUAUGCAACAAAAGUUUUCUGCUCAAAAAAGAAUGAAGAAAGCGCAUGUUGAAACCCUUGAAAGUGUUUAUAGAAAAACAAAGCGGCCCACUAAUGCAAUGAUCAGCAGCAUAGUGCAUGUGACAAACCUGCCCCGCAAAAGAGUUGUGAAAUGGUUUGAAGACAAACGUUCUGAGGAUGGUGUUACUGACUCUCGACUUCCAUAUCGACGGCCUGCCCCUAAUACUGCCUAGUAAACCAAUGUGUAAAACAGGGAGAGGUACAGAACAAGGGAGAGAACUUUGAUUUGUACUGAAAGACAAUAAAGAUGCCAUCCCCUUACCUCUUUCUCGUUCUUCUCCCUUUGGCAUUUUCCCUCUUCCUGGUAUGUAUAUAAUCAACCUAAUCACCCAGAUUAGAAUUAUCACAAUUUCUGCCCAAAGCCAGCUAUCAUCACAACUGGUUGAGACUCGAGAGACCUCAUGGCGACGUUAGCAAGGUCGGCAUCCACAUUUAGGCGGCAAGGCUCGUCGGGCUUAAUAUGGGACGAUAACUUGAUGCUGCAAAGAGAGGAAGGCAGGGCAGAGUUUAGGGAGCUAAGGCCAUGCCAGAGUGCCAAACCCAUUGGCCUCAAGGCUUAUAGCAGCUCAAAUGGAGCACUCGCGAUUUGCCCUCGCAGCUCUUCUUCCUCAGCCAAGAAGAACCCACAUUCCCUCAAAUCCAAAUUCUUGAAAAUGUUUCGAGCUCUUUUUCGAAAAUAAACCACUGCCCGGAAAUCCAAUGCAUGAGAGGACAGGGCAUGAUUUAAUGUCUUCUAAGCACAUAAGUAUACAGUAUUAUAGUAUUUCAACAUUUCGAUGAAAUUCUUGUAGCUUGGAACAUUGUGUUCCAACAAAACACUUUCUUGUAAUUGUUUUAUUAUGAA